UGUUUCCUUUAUGUGAUUUUUGAAGCUACAAAAGGUCUGGUCACCAUUCACUUGCAUUGUAUACCUACAAAGCUAAGAUAUUCUUCUAAAAUAUUCAUUUGUGUUCUGCAGAAGAAAGUCAUACAUAUCUGGGAUGGCAUGAGGUCUGAGUCUGGGCCAAGAACUGAUCAUGGCUAAUAGAAUGAAAGGAGAAUUCAGCAAUCAGCAGACACAGCCUUGUGUUAAAAAAAGGAGAUACAAAAAAUACAUCACAGGAUCAUACAUUGGGCUCAUUGCAUCGGCAAUUCAAGAUUCACAGGGCAAGAUGCUGACAUUCAAAGAGAUAAUGAAGACGCUGGAACCAUUUGUAUUUGGAAACAGAAAGGGUGCUGAGAACAACAUCAGAGUCUGUCUGUCAUCAAACAGUUGUUUUGUAAAGGUGCCAGUCAAUCCGGAAUACCCAAAUCCCAAGAAGAACUACUGGAAAGUGGAUGAGAGUGGCAUUACUCCAAAAAUGCUCCGCCGACAUUUCAAACACAUAAUCGACAAGUUUCCAGGGUUGUCUCUUCAGGCACCGCAGAGGGAUGAAUGUGGAGAGAACUGUAGUGCUCCUAAACAUCUUUUGCCUGCCUGCAGUGUCCCAGAAAACAAAAGUGAAGCCAAAUUUACAGGCCCAUUUUCAAUUGAAUCUUUAUUAAAGAGCGACCACAAAGUGAUUGAAUUGGAGGAAUAUUCACACUAUAAAGACACUCGAUGUGCAGCAAUGAAGAGAAAGAACUGCUAUGACUAUGACACAACAGGGUGUUAUUACCCUAAUUCAACAAUGGGAUCUGAAUUCUAUCCAGCAGAGUUUGCAUCUGUCUGCAGGCCCACAGUUCGGACUGUCUCCUUUGCAGAUUUCGUAUGAUCACCGUGUUCUCAAUAACUUCUGCAGCUCCCCUUUAAUGUAUGCCUCUG